CACAAAAUCAAAGUGAAUGGAUGAUCAGAUACAUUGUGUGUUGAUGGACUCGUUGAUUAAUUCCUUUAGUUGUCACGUUAACGCGAUUUAACUAGAUCUAAACUUGAGUCUCUUUGGAUGUAGUUUUGUUCCUAUUUGACUCAUAUAGAAAUGAUAAAUUAUUAUUUUAAUUGUAGUUUUUCAUAGAAUCUGGAUGAUAUGUGUUCCAUAUUCAUGAGAGCGUCAUAAAAGGUCAACAUUAUUAAUUAUACAAUCUUCAAGGUAUUAUUUUCCAACAGAAUUUAGAUUUGUAGGGAAGAGAAUGUUUUCUUUAUGAAGGAGGUUUAGAUGAAUAUAUUUAACAUGGAUCAUACUGAUUUAUUAGAUGAUAGGUUUGUAUGUAACUGUUGUUGUUGUAGGAGAACCCGGGUUAUAAAGGAGAAAAUGCAGAGCCGGCGUCCUCGAUGGACAGUCGUAGCAUCAAGCGCUCCCAUGGCGAGAGGAUCAAGUACAAGCUGGUGGCGGUGUCUCACGGGAACGACAUCGCCUCGCUGUUCGAGCUCGACCCGACGACGCUGCAGAAGACGGACUCAUUCGUACCACGGAACUCGUUUGUACGACUGAGACAUCUGUGCACCAACACCUGGAUCCAGAGCACCAACGUCCCCAUCGACAUCGACGAGGAGAGACCCAUCAGACUCAUGUUAGGAACGUGUCCAACGAAAGAGGACAAGGAGGCGUUUGCGAUCGUCUCCGUUCCCGUGAUGGAGAUCAGAGAUCUGGACUUUGCCAACGAUGCCAGCGCCAUGCUGAGCACCGUGGUGGACCAGUUCAGCCAGGGCUUCAUCAGCCAGAACGACCGGCGGUUUGCCAUCAAGCUGCUGGAGGACGUGGUUUUCUUCGUGGCUGACGUCAUCAACAGCGGUCAGGCGGUCCUGGAUGUAGUCAUGACCAAAGCCAACCGAGAGAGACAGAAACUGAUGAGAGAACAGAACAUCCUCAAGCAGAUCUUUGGCAUCCUGAAAGCUCCCUUUAAGGACCGGGGGGGAGGGGAGGGUCCUCUGCUGCGUCUAGAGGAGCUGGCGGACCAGAAGAACUCUCCCUACCAGUACAUGUUCAGACUCUGCUACCGAGUCCUCCGGCACUCCCAGGAGGACUACCGCAAGAACCAGGAGCAUAUAGCGAAGCAGUUCGGUGUGAUGCAGAGUCAGAUCGGUUAUGACAUCCUGGCUGAGGACACCAUCACCGCCCUGCUGCACAACAACCGAAAACUAUUAGAGAAACACAUCACGAAGACCGAGGUUGAGACCUUCGUCAGCCUGGUCCGCAAGAACCGAGAGCCCAGGUUUCUCGACUAUCUGUCAGACCUGUGUGUGUCCAACAACGUUGCUAUCCCCGUCACUCAGGAGCUCAUCUGUAAAUGUGUGCUGGACCCCAAAAACCAGGACAUCCUCAUCAAGACAGAACGUCGUGCCCCCAAAGAUGCGCCCCCUGGUGGCGGUCAGGGAGACUACCUGGGGAUGGAUGACUAUGGAGAUGAGGAUGAGGUGUGGCUGGUGUGGACAGACAAGACCAAUGAGAGACAGGAGAAGAGCAUCAGACAGCUGGCUCAGGAGGCGAGACAAGGAAAUGCUCACGAUGAGAACGUCCUCACCUACUACAGGUACCAGCUGAAGCUCUUUGCGCGAAUGUGUCUGGACCGUCAAUAUCUGGCCAUUGAUGAGAUCUCCAAGCAGCUGGAUGUGGAGCUCAUCUUCUUGUGUAUGAUGGACGAGACGCUGCCCUUUGACCUCCGGGCCUCCUUCUGUCGCCUCAUGCUCCACGCCCACGUAGACCGAGACCCUCAGGAGCUAGUGACGCCUGUGAAAUUUGCCCGCCUCUGGACCGAGAUCCCUACCUCCAUCACCAUCAAAGAUUAUGACUCCAACAUGGAUGACAGCAGAGACAACAAGAAGAACCGGUUCUCCAAUACAAUGGCAUUCAUGGAGGAAUAUCUCAACCUCGUCCUGAACGACGAGCUGCCCUUCCACAAUGAGGAGAAAAACAAACUUACAUACGAGGUGGUGAGUUUGGCCAGACAUUUGAUCUACUUUGGUUUCUACAGCUUCUUCGAGCUGCUCAGACUCACCAGAACCCUGCUGGGCAUCAUCGACUGUAGACCCAAUCCUGCAUAUGCCGGUCUCUUAUUCCAUGAUGAUGGAUCAGGGAAGAAUGUGAAGCGCUCCAUCCAUGGGAUGGGUCAGAUAAUGUCCACCAUGGUCCUGAACAGGAAGCAGUCCAUAUUUGGAGGUGCCGGAGCCAGAGGGGCGGGGCUGGGGGCGGGGCUUGCGCUUGACGGACAGAGAGGCAGCAAAGAUAGUAUCGACAAGAUGGACCUGACGGUGAUGGACACCAAGCUGAAGAUACUGGAGAUACUACAGUUCAUCCUGAACGUUCGUCUGGACUACCGCAUCUCCUUCCUGCUGUCUGUGUUUAAGAAGGAGUUUGUGGAUGUGUAUUCCAUGGCUGAUGCUGAUGCCACCACUAACAUGGAGCAUGCAGAGGUCCCAGUCAACAUGGAAAUGACAGCCACCAUCAACCUGCAGCACAUUGGAGAGCAGGCUGAGGCUAUGUUUGGAGUCGGUAAGGGGAACAGCAUCCUGGAGGUGGAUGAUGAAGGCGGUCGCAUGUUCCUGCGGGUGCUGACCCACCUCACCAUGCACGACUACCCUCCUCUGGUGUCUGGGGCCCUGCAGCUGCUUUUCAGACACUUCAGCCAGAGACAGGAAGUGCUGCACACCUUCAAACAGGUCCAGUUGUUGAUCUCGGCUCAGGAUGUGGAGAACUACAAGCUGAUCAAGGCGGAUCUGGAUCGUCUCCGAACUCUGGUGGAGAAAUCUGAACUGUGGGUGGAGAAGAAGAACUCAGGUGGAGGCGACGGGAAGAAGGACAAGAAGGAGAAAGAACAGGGGGCAUCAGAGGAUGCGACGCCUAAGAAGGAGAAGCAGGAGAAGGGCAACGAGAACUACCAGAAAGUCAAAGAGAUCCUGGAGAGGCUGAAUAAGAUGUGCAGCAGUGGAGUGUGGAAGAAGCAGCAGAGGCUGUUGAAGAACAUGGGAGCGCAUAAAGUCAUGCUGGACCUGCUGCAGGUGUCAUAUGACCAGAGCGAUGUGAAGAUGCAGGAGAUCAUCAGGUACACUCAUCUGUUCCUACAAAAGUUCUGCACAGGGAACCAGGAGAACCAGACUCUGCUGCACAAGAACCUAAACCUCUUCCUCAACCCGGGGCUGCUGGAGGCGGAGACGGUGCAGCACAUCUUCUGCAACAACUACCAGCUGUGCAGUGAGAUCUCAGAGAGCGUCCUGCAGCACUUCAUCCACUGCCUGGCCACGCACGGCCGCCACGUUCAGUACCUCAACUUCCUCCACACCAUCAUCAAGGCCGAGGGCAAGUACGUCAAGAAGUGUCAGGACAUGAUCAUGACCGAGUUAACUAACGCAGGCGAGGACGUAGUCGUCUUCUACAACGACAAGGCCUCCUUCAACGUCAUGUUGGAGCUGAUGGCAGAGAGCAGGGAGGGGGUUGGAGAGAGCAGCCCGCUCAGGUACCACAUCUCUCUGGUGGAGCUCCUAGCAGCCUGUGCUGAGGGCAAAAACGUUUACACAGAGAUCAAAUGUACGUCACUGUUGCCUCUGGAGGACGUGGUCAGAGUGGUGACCCAUGAGGACUGCAUCACUGAGGUGAAGGUGGCCUAUGUGAACUUUGUGAAUCACUGCUACGUGGACACAGAGGUGGAGAUGAAGGAAAUCUACACAUCGAAUCACAUCUGGAAGCUGUUUGAGGACUUCACAGUGGACAUGGCCAGGGUUUGUAAUAAACGAGAGAAACGUCUCUCUGAUCCCAUCCUGGAGAAAUACAUCAUCAACGUGGUCUUUGACACCAUCAUCGCCUUCUUCAGCUCCCCUUUCUCUGAAAACAGCACGUCUCUGCAGACUCAUCACACCAUCAUGACUCAUCUGCUUCAGUCGUCUGUCCGACUGUUGGACUGUCCCUGGCUGCAGCAGCAGCAUCGAGGACAAGUGGAGACCUGCAUCAAGACCCUCGCUAUGACCGCUAAGAGUCGGUCCAUCUCUCUUCCUCUGGACCUGGAGGCUCAGAUCAGCACCAUGUUGUCCAGUUCUGCUCUCAACUCUCUGUCCCGCUCCAACCCCAACUACAAAUCCUCCUCCCGCUCCACCAGACCCAUCGCUCCCAGCAACCCGUGGGACUACAAGAACAUCAUCGAGAAACUGCAGGACAUCAUCAACACUCUGGAGGAGCGUCUGAAGCCGCUGGUGAACGCUGAGCUGUCGGUGUUGGUGGACGUCCUCCACCAGCCGGAGCUGCUGUUCCUGGAGGGAACCGAUGCCCGACAACGCUGCGAGUCUGGAGGAUUCAUCUCCAAGCUGAUCCAGCACACCAAAGCGUUGAUGAGUGCGGAGGAGAAGUUGUGUAUCAAAGUUCUGAGAACUCUUCAGGAGAUGCUGAUCAGGACUCUGGACUUUGAUGAAAAGGGAAUUUCACUGCGGAAGGUUUUACUGCAGAACUACUUGUUUCCAAACAAGAAGAACAACCUGAAGAACGAGCUGGCUGACCUGGGAGCUUCAGGCGUGGAGCAGGAGCGGGACUGGGCGGCGGUGGCUGCAGUUCAGUGUCGUCUGGACAGAGAAGGAGGAACCAAACUGUUCACCGAUCUGGUCAUGAGCUCCAAGAAUGACAAGAUCUUCCAGGAGUGCAUCCAGCUGGCCAUCUGUCUGCUGGAGGGAGGAAACACCGAGAUACAGAACUCCUUCUACAAACUGAUGAUGGGAGACAACAAGUCAGAGAAGUUCUUCAAGGUUCUUCAUGACCGGAUGAAGGAAGCUCAGACGGAUAUCAAAGCUACCGUCUCUGUUAAUGUUGGAGAGAUGACGCACAAGGCCAACGAGAAGGACCUGGAGACCAGUGGCUCUGCAGCGUUAGUGCUUCCUGGGACAGGAAGUCAUCCGUUGUUGGUCCAGGGCCAGUCCAUCGCCCCGGUGACGGGCGCCUCCGCCAUACCAGUCCAGCCAGUAGCAGAGGAGAGGGAGGUGGAGAUGGAGAUGGGACCAGCUGUGACCAUCAUGAAGCCGAUCCUGAGGUUCCUCCAGCUGCUCUGUGAGAACCACAACCACGACCUACAGAACUUCCUGCGUUGCCAGAACAAUAAGGCCAACUACAACCUGGUGUGUGAGACUCUUCAGUUCCUGGACAUCAUGUGUGGAAGCACCACCGGAGGCCUGGGCCUGCUGGGCCUCUACAUCAACGAAUCAAACGUCCACCUGAUCACUCAGACCCUGGAGACCCUCACCGAGUACUGCCAGGGCCCCUGCCAGGAGAACCAGACGUGCAUCGUGACCCACGAGUCCAACGGCAUCGACAUCAUCACAGCGCUGAUCCUGAAUGACAUCAGUCCUCUGUGUCGAUAUCGGAUGGAGAUGGUGCUCCAGCUGAAGGUACGCUGGUCCACGUGCACAUACAGUGUUGGCUGUCUAAGGUAGCGAAUGACCAGAUGAAUCCGUGAGGUCAUACCGAGUGAAGUCAAAGCUUCAUGUGUUAAAGCUGCAU